AUGGUAUCAUUGGAAGAAACAAAUGAAAUGCAAAAGCAACUCCCUACCACAACCAUGUACAACGUGGAAGAAGCUGGAAAUGCCAAUAUAGAAGAUGCAGUUAUUAUGCAGGGGAAAGUAAUUCGUGAGUCAGAGUUACCGAUGCAAGGUGAAUCUUCUACUGCAACUACAGAAAGCAAAAGCGGAAAUAGAGUAGAAAUCGUCCGAAACAGAAUGAAUGAAGAAUUUGGUGGUUUGGUGACAGUUCGAAAUGGAUCGGUCCAAAGUAAGCGGAAGCCAAAAUUCGUUAGGCAUAUCAUUCAGGGCAAUAUCGAGCAAAGUGGAAGUAAGACGGGACAGGUACACUUUGAUGGGUACAAUGAAGAGCCUAUUGAUUUAAGUAACAGAAAUGAACAGGAACAGGCAUUGGGUAGGCAGU